AUUUUUCAGUUUUUGUUGCGCGAGGUUUGGAGAGCGGUUGUGUGAUAUUUUCAAGCGUUUUUAAUUAUAAAUUUACCGCAUUUUAAUUGCAAUUGGCACAAAAAUUGUGUAGCAGUAACUCUUUAUUGAUAUUACAUUGAUAAUGUUCAAGAAAAAAAAGUUCUAUAUGUAAAAGAUCGCGCCGUCGGGUCAAAUUUAUGCUGCUUAACGAAAUUAAGAUACAUAUAUCACUGGCGUAUGUAUAUGUAUAUGUAAAUCAACAAAUACUGAUGCAUACAUAUGACUGUAUCUGUAUCUGUAUCUGUUCACAUAUGUGUCUGCCUUUGUAUGUGUAACGUGUUGCUUUGCGAUCGCGAUCGUCAUCGUCUGCAUUCGCUUGUGUUUAUUUGUGUGUAUGUGUUUCUGUGUGUGUGUGUAGUGGUAGCGGCAAGUGCGUGUGACGAAUACAAGUUGGCAAGAAUAUAAAAAAAAUUGAAUAAGUGCAAAUGAAUCAAAUAAAAUUAAAUAAUUAAUAAUGUAUGCUAUAAAAUAUGUUAGCAUAAAUAAUGUAUAUCCAAUAAAUAUUACAAUUACCGUAUGCAUGUACAAUUAUAUGUAUAUAUGUAUAUGAAUACAUACAUAUCUUUAUCAGAGUGCACGUACAUGUAUGUAUGUAUAUAUUUGCAAAGUAUCAAAUGAGUGCCAAUUUCUUAGUGAGGAUUGUCGCCAAUUCUAAUCUUCUCGGGCCAGUGUCGAAUCGUUAAACCUAAAACCAAGCGAAAUAUUCCAAAAACUUAAAGACGGAAUAAGUGCAGUUUUUGCUGUUUUACCGUCGGGCAAUUGAAAAAUGCAAUAUUUUGCGUUCUUUAAGAAAGUACGCAUAAGCAACCUAACAAAUUAUAUAACUUUGUAAAAAAGGAACUUGAUGUUUGCGAUUCGGCAUUAGCGCGUAUUCGCGUAAGGAGUUGUUCAAAUCUGGUGGAUUCGCUUGGAGCGACAUGGACGGCAAAGCUUUCGAACAGGAUACCCACAUAAGGUUAAAUGGAGCGGAGUUAAGAACACGCGAGGCGAUAUUUAAAUAAUUUAGGUAACACCCAAGUAGUGCCAACAUCCUGAAGAGUUAAACCAUGCCGCAUACACAUACGCGUCAUGGAUCAUCCGGGGAUGAUUUAGGCAGCACGGACGAAGUAAAAAUAUUUAAGGAUGAAGGCGAUCGCGAGGAUGAGAAAAUAUCAUCCGAGAACCUUUUAGUCGAAGAAAAAUCAAGCCUCAUUGAUUUAACAGAGAGUGAGGAAAAGGGCAGCAAGACAGUGACGAGGCCGGAUCACAGUCCCGUAUUUAAUAAACUCGAGCCUCAUACACCUACAUUCAAUAUGGGAUAUCUUGUAUCACCGUACUCGUAUGCUAAUGGUGCGCCCGGUGGACUGCCGGUAACUAUGGCAAAUAAAAUUGGAUUACCUCCCUUCUUCUGUCACAACGGAGAUCCACUUUCAACACCACCGCCUGCACAUUGUGGAAUACCUCCCUAUCAGCUGGAUCCUAAAGCAAUAGGUCUUACUCGUCCUGCCUUAUAUCCAUUUGCUGCCACCCAAUAUCCUUAUCCGAUGCUAAGUCCUGAUAUGUCUCAAGUAGCCUCAUGGCACACGCCGUCGGUUUACUCAGCAUCUAGUUUUAGAACACCCUACCCCUCCUCAUUACCAAUUAAUACAACGCUACCGAGCGAUUUCCCAUUUCGAUUCUCACCGAGUCUGUUGCCUUCCGUUCAUGCGACAUCUCACCACGUUCUAAAUUCCCAUCCAUCGAUUGUGGCGUCUAGUUCCAAACAGGAUUGCGGCGUACAGGAUUCCACAACGAACAAUCGAUAUUCAAGAAACUUGGAUACCAAAAGCUCAUCGAAUUCGCAAGCAAACGACUGUAAAGAUAGUUCAAAUGAUAAAAAGAAGCCACAUAUCAAGAAGCCGCUGAAUGCAUUUAUGCUGUACAUGAAAGAGAUGAGAGCCAAAGUUGUUGCCGAAUGCACCCUGAAAGAGUCGGCGGCGAUUAAUCAAAUACUGGGCCGACGGUGGCAUGCCUUGGGGCGUGAGGAGCAGGCCAAGUAUUACGAGCUGGCGCGACGGGAACGCCAGCUGCACAUGCAGAUGUAUCCCGAUUGGAGCUCACGCACGAACGCGUCACGCGGCAAGAAGCGGAAACGGAAGCAAGAUGCGACCAGCGACGGAGGAGGCAACAACAUGAAAAAGUGUCGAGCGCGAUUCGGACUGGACCAGCAGAAUCAAUGGUGCAAGCCCUGCAGACGCAAAAAGAAAUGCAUUCGCUACAUGGAGGCAUUACAUGGAAACGGAUCGCUGGCCAACGGCAACGGCAGCGGCAGCGGCAUGGAUGAGUCGGGCAAUAUGAGCCAGUUGAGCGAUGAUGACGACGAUGACGAUGAACUGGGCAAUGGCAGCUGUGGCAGCGGGGAUGAGACCGAGACGAACAAAAUGGCCGACAACGAGGAUGACACGGAGUCAAUGAGCCAGUCGCUGUCGAGCCCGGGCUGCCUGAGCGGCCUGUCCAGUGUGCAGAGUCCCUCGACAACGACCAGUCUGGCCAGUCCGCUCAAUAUGAACAUGCUAACUAGUCCAGCCACGCCCGCUCUGGCGCCAACCAGCAAUGCAGGCCCUCUCCCUGAACAGGCAACGUCGAGCAGUCAAUCACGAUCAGCGCCUGGAUCGGGAUCUGGGACGGGGUCCAGCAGCGGAUCAACAUGUAACAGCAUUAGCAACACACCGAAUACCUCGAGCACAGCGUCGCCAGUGACGUCUGCGACCGGAACAGCGAUGCUUGGCACACGCUUCAGCCAUCUGGGCAUGGGCCUUACUCUGCCAGUCUGCGGCAGUAAUCCCGAGCAGCUAUUCGCACAAUCGCACACACACCAAGGCAGCGGCAGGAGCACUCCCACAUCUCUGGCAACAAAUGGCUUCAACAGUUAUACGGGCUCUGGAACAGCGGCUGGUGCUGGUAGCAUAAAGACAACUCCUGUAUCUGGAUCUGCAACUGCAACUGCAUCGGCGACUACAACAAGCUUGCAUCGCAAUCCGAUUGGCGCCAAUCCACGUGACAUUAACAAUCCGUUGAGUAUCAAUCAGUUGACCAAGCGGCGAGAGGAUAAUAACAUUGUGAUACUCGGCAACUGUGACCCGCAAUCAGCUUCAGCUAUUUUACGCCAUAAUGCGGCCCAUAAUCCAUACGCGCAUCCGCAUCCGCACCCGCAUCAGCAUCCGCAUCCGCAUCCGCAUCAUGCGCUCUUCAGCAGCAGCUUUAGUCAACACUUCCAACAACAGCUGAACAACCAUUUGGCAGCCACAAGCAGCAGCAGCAGCAACAUCGGUAGCAUCGGCAACAUCGGGUCAGUCGUGCAACCCAUGGACACGCCCGUCCUAAAUAGUAUGAAACGCCGAAAUACAUCCGAUCCGCCGGCAGCGACCGGAAAUACGGCAACAGCCAACGCAACCGAAACUGGAGCCAUAAGCGUUUCGUAGCAGUCUGCUGGCAAUCCUGCUGCCCGCCCUGAUGUCCUCCUCCAUGCUUUAGUCAUUAAGAUAUGGGGAGCAGCAGCCGACCGACAGCUGAUAAUCCAGCUGUUGUUGUUGGCCCCAACGUGCAAUAAGAACCGUCUCUAUCGCCAUUUACCCCUCAUCAUCAGCAUCAGCAUCAGCAUCAACAACGCCAACGCCAACGCCAUCGCCAUAGUUGUAACAAGUGUAACAUGUGGCCAUUAUUGGAUUAGUGCCAAAAGUGUACUCACUUCAUAUAUACAUACAUACUUACUAUAUAACACAUACUACAUACUUAUCGGACAGCAUUUGAAUUUAAGGUAUAGUGUGCCACGAGAUCUAGUUGGUGACAGAAAGUCUAGUUGAACUAUCGUAGCUAUCAAAAUAUACUACAUACAUAUUCGAGUGUGAAUGUGCACACACACACACACACACACACACACACAUACAUACAAGCAUAAAUAUAUAUGUGGAUAAUCCAUUAGAAAUUAAAACCUAACCUUUUAGAGAGUACUCUGGAUGAUUCUCCGACUAGGCGAGAGAGCUGUCCAAUUCAACUUUCUGUUAUCUCUAUAGAGAAAAGUGUGUUUUCCUUAAACUCACAGCCAACCAUGCCGUAAGAGCUAGAGAGCUGAAACACAAUUUAGCUUACGUAAGGGAAAUUCCACCCACAAGUAUGGAAAAACCGUGAAAUUAGACCAAGAAACUUUUUAGUUUACCCUUCGAUCGGACUCAAACCCAUUUUCAAAGAUCUUUGUUCAAAUUCACUUGAGAGAUGUUCCACCCACAAGUAUGGAAAAACCGUGAAAUUAGACCAUGACACUUUUUUGUUUACCCUUCGAUCGGACUCAAACCCAUUUUCAAGAUCUUUGUUGAAAUUCAUUAGAGAGAUGUUUCUCACACUUUUUAGAAACUUAAUCCCUCCUUGUUGAAAUCGGGAUAUAGCCAUAAUAAAGCAGCUUAAUGUGGAAAUCUUACCUUCAUUUAAAUGAUUCAAAAGACGGAAGUAUGAGAAGAACUUACAUUUCCAUACGAUUUUACCAAUCGAAAGAAAAACCAACUAAAAAAAUCUUUUUUGUGUAGUUCUAAACAACACAUUUUGAUUUCCCUGAAUAACUACAAUAGCAAUGCUAUAGAACAUAUAACAAAUAUAAAAUACAGAAAGAAAAUAAAGAAUAAGAGAAAUAGGGUUGAUUUGCAUAAUUGAUUUCAAUAAAAUUUUUGUUAUAAAGCACAGUAUUAUUUAACGAUAGUUAAAGAAUAUAAUCUAUUCAUGUAUGUAUGUAUGUAUGUAUACCUGGCUGUGUGUAUGUGUGUGUACAUAUGUGUGUGUACAGAGAAGCAACUUAAGACAAAACGUACGAAUUUAUUAAAAAUUGGACCUGAUAGCUGUGUACUGUGUGUAUGCAUAUCUAAGCAUAUAUAUAUGCAUAGUGUAUAGUAAUCUUCUAACGUACAUAUAUAUAUGACUAUAUACUGCAUACUAUGUCUACUAUAUUUAUAAAAUUUAAUGGGCAAAAAUAUUAUUUUUCGAUUCUUUUACAUAACAAGUUCUGGUUUGGUAAUUUAAAAAAGAUUCAAACAGCAUUUAAUAUUAUUAUUUAAAUAGCCAAGAAUUAAUGAAGACAUGAGACAAACUGCUGACACUUGCUAACAAAAGAAAGAAAGAAAAAAAAGUGUACCUCGAAAAAAGUGAUUUUCAAAAGUAUUCAACACAGAUUAUCCAAAAAGCAAUAACUACGAUCAGAUUUCAAUUGUUUGGCGUACAUUUGGUAAAAGUCAAAAAUAACUUGAUGCGGGGUACAGAAAACUUGUAGGCUAGUGUUAUUAGCCCAUUUCAAUAGAAUUUACAAAUGGUUGAAAAAAUAUAUAUUUUUUUUAUUUGAUUUAUAGGGUAAUCAUCGUCAUAUUUGUCUUAAAUGUGUAAUAGGCCUGUUUGUAUGAUCAUGCUCAGAUAUUUGGGUGCUCAAGAAUCGAAAUGAUAACAAUAUUAACCAGACAUUAAAUGAAUAGUUAUCAAUAUCGGGUUCAACUUGAAUAUUGCUUUAUACUUAUAAAUGAUAUGUGCGAAAUAUAUAUCAAUAUGUAAAUAUAUAUAUACUAUAUACUAUAUACUAUAUAUAUUCAACGUGUACGAUCAAGCCAAACAUUUAGUACAGAAGUAUAAAUUAAAUUAAUGCGAUAUUAAGCAAAUGUGUAUGUACAUAGUAUAUAUGUAUAUGUAAGCACAACAAUAUGUGUGUGUGUGUUAAGCCAUUGCCAAUUAUAAAAAAGACUGUUAAUACAUAUUUAAAUUAAUAACAUAUGUACAUAGAAUAAGUACAUACAUAUACAUAUAUGUAUGCAUGUACUUAUGUGGGCAAAAGGUGUGCAUAUGUACACACGAGGAGUGUGUUUUAAGUCAAGACGAGUAUUUAUAUACUUGGCACGAAUUACUUACAUACAACAAACACUAUGUACAUAGGCACAGCACAGCAGACACGCAAAAGCAACCUAACAUAUUUAUGUAAAUAUGUGUAAAUGUAAAUGUUAAUGUUAUUAUUAACAGGCAAACAUUAUGUUGUACACACGUAAUAAAUACUUUGUAUAUGAGAGCAGACAUUGAAAAAAGCAAAUGGUUUGAGGUAUAUAUACACAUAUCUAUAAAUGUAUUUAUAUAUAUUUGCAAAGUGAACGCUAGCUUUAGUAAUUAUUCUAAUCAAAAGCAAAACAAAAACAAAACAAACAACAGCAAAAAUCAAUAUUAUAUAUUUAACUACGUUAACUAUGCUUCCAGUUUUCUGUGUUUAUUUUUUAUUUAAAUGUUUACCUAGUAAAUAGUGCAUAUGAAACCGUUUUGCAAUAUUUACAGUUUUAUUUAUUGACUUUAACUUCUUUAUGUUAACAUUAUUAAUUAGCACUCCAAAAGCGCGCAUUUCGUAUUUGGCGUUUCCGCAUUAUUAAGUAAUUAUUUAAAUGCUAAUUUACAUUCAACACAAUUUUUAUGUAUUAAUUAUAAGCCCACGCUCAAGUCCACAAAUGCCUUUACAUUUCAAUGUGCAACGAUGUACAUACAUACAUACACACAUACAAUUACAUGCGUGUAUGUGUACUCAACUCUGGAUAACAGAGACACUGUAAACAAAUAUGUUGUGAGUAUGUUACAAUCAUAUCAAAGCCUGCUAAAUGAUACCGUGUAUGUAGGUUGGAAUGACACCUACCCCCUUACAUUCGUAUACUCACAUACCUUUGCAUAUCCGCUUCUCUGUUAACUUAUAAUUCCAUGAUAUCGAAGAAAAAGUACAAGAUCUACAAUACAUAUACACUUGUUCGUAUGUAAUUUCAUACAACAGAAAUAAAUGAUAUACUGUGCAAUUUUGAUUUGAAGCCAGAAUGUAUAUGUGCUUCUUUCAACGUGGAUUCGCUUUUUAUCUGUCGUCAAAUGGUGAGUUCACUGUACCAUAUUAUUUGCCAAUUAGCUCUCGAGCCAUCCAGUACUCAAAUGCACAUCAAUGUGUAUAUCAAUAAAUUCUCAAAUAGACAACAUUAAAUGAUAUCAGGAGAAUGUACAAUGUACAAUGAAUAAAUCCUUGAAAUUAUAUAUUAUAUAUAUAAAAAAAAGAUCAAAUCCAUUUCAAUAUACAAUAUACACUUGUUGGUAGACUGCUUUGAUUUGUUUGUAUGUACAUUUGUAUUUGUAAAAUGCACGAAAGAGAAAUAUGAAAUAAGUACGAUUUAAUGAUAAAUUGCAUUCAAAGUAAGCUAAGUCAAUAAUAAUAAUAAUAAUAAUAAUAAUUAUAAUAAUAACACAGAUUGGUUAAUUGUUCCGUUUAUUUUUAGUAGCUCUUUUACUGUAAGUAGGCAUAAAUAGUAGAGGUUAAUACUAAUAAUACAUACACACAUAUCUAGAUUUUAAAGUAUUUAUAUAUACACUUAUAUACGUACAUAUUAAAUGUUAUAUAUACACACACACACACACACACUUAAUCUAAACAUGUAGCUACAUUAUCUAUAAAUCAAAACGAAGCAACACAAAAUAAAAUAAAGCAUUAACAUAGGAAGAUAAAGCAACCAUAAGCUUAGGAAAUAAUUUGAUGUAUUGAAAAGAAUAAUUAUACAAAACCAAUAAGGUUUAAUAAAAACAAAAACAAAAACAUGUUGACAAGAGAAA